CCAAACAUCUUGAUUGCAUAAUUUGAGAUUAAACUUGAAAUUUUGGGAAAUUAAUGAAAAUUUAGGAAAAUAUACCUUGGAUUGAUGAAAUGUAUGGUGUUGUGUAUCUAUUUUCUCUUCUAACCUUGCACGAUGGCCCCUAAACGAAAACAAAAUCAUGGCGCUUCAUCUUCCUCCUUCACCGGCAACCGUUUCACUUCGAUUGAAAAUGAAAAGUGGUACGAGGAGCGAAAAAAAUGGAAAAUUGUGGAGGAGAAAACAGUGCACCCGGACAUCGACGCUGUUUUCAAGCUCACUGAGAUCUUCGCCCGUUUUGGAUGGGCAAUGAUGCUUACAUUGACAGGAGCGUAUUACCCCCGGUUGGUCCGGGAGUUUUACGCUAAUGUCUCGGACAAAGAGACCGGAUACGCGGAAAUCCAAACAACGGUGAAAGGGAGACGCAUCAAAGUUGACCCGGACCUCCUCUCAAGCAUCCUUGAAGUUAGCAACACAGGCCCCACCUUGGAAUACAAUCAAACCGGCAUUCUAAGUGACAAUUCCUACAAUGAGGCGGAUGCACGGCGGUUCUUCGGGCUCAAAAUAAACCUACAGACCAAGUAUCUAUGGCACAUUCACGCUCGCCUACUCGUCUAUCUUAUUGGCUUCAACAUUGUCCCUCAUGCUAGUGACCGCCACUUGGUUAGGAGGAUUGAUCUAUACCUUCUUCAAAAGAUGCUAGUUGGCCUAUGAGACAUAGAAGGGAUACCACUACCACGACUCCUAAAAAAUAUGAAAAAUGUGGUGAUCUCCAAACAAGGUUCAAAAAACUUUUGUCACCCGCUUUUACUCACCAAGAUUUUCAGGCACUUUCAGGUUGACUUUGAUGGAGAGGAAGUUGCUUAUACCAAUGAAUCUAAUGUCUUGGACAAAGAAACAAUGAUUGCCCUCAAGCAUAAACUGUCCAACUCUGGAAAAUGGUAUUUUGCCGACGGAAUAGGCUUGCACAGAGAUGAUGAUGAAGUAAAUGAGGAGGCCAUGGAAGAUGCUCACGAUGAUGAAGACGCACCCGAACCACCACAGCCACCACACACCACCGAUCCCGCGAUGGCAUACUUGAUGCAUUCCAUGGCUCGAAUGCACACGCGGAUGGACGAGCAGGACGCACGCCAACAAAGGUUUGAGGAGCGUUUCGACACAUUCACCAACUACUACUACUCCCAACAUGGGUACCCCCCUACCGACCCACACCAGUGACUCCCCC